UAUAUUCUCAAACGCACCAUGUUGUUUUUCUUUGUCUGUGAACCAAUCACAGCUGGCAAUGAUGUAAACAAGGAAAUGGGGAGCAUAACGGAGCGCACACGCACAAAAAAUUACAAGAAAUGACAAGGAAACGUCGGGUAUUUCUCGUAUAGACAAGGUGUACCAACACUAUUAAAACAGAGGCUUUGCGGAUAUUUUAGAAUAUUGCUUAAAAGAAGACUGAGGGACAGAAAUUUGUUGUGACGGCUCCGUCUGUACGUUGAAAAUGGAGGAAAGACACCGGAGGAUUCUUCGACGAUACAGGGUGGAACUUGUGAAGUUGGACCCAACACAACUCUAUGAUUCCCUUCUACAAAAAGAUGUUUUCACCCAAGACAUGAUCAGUGAGAUCAAGCAUAGGUAUGCACCCGGACGCGACCAGGCCAGGCAGCUUGUCCGUGUCUUGGAGACUUGUGGUAGUCGUGCUUUUCCAUUAUUUCUGGAGUGUCUUCUUCAGGCAGAGCAGCACAGCUUGGAAGAACUCUUAAAAAAUGGAGCACCACCAAUUCACCUGCAGCCGUCUACGCCCGUCUCGACUGUAUACCCCGUUAUCCACCCCCUUCCAGUUUCCUCACCUAUCAAAAUCUGUCCAUCACAGGAAACCAGUAUUUCUCUCAGUCCAUCACCUGAUACCGACUACAUAAGACCAUCGCCAACAGGCAGAACAAGGCGAGACAGUAUUCAGUGCUACAAAAUGGAUGCCAGCCCAUGUGGUCACUGCCUAAUCAUAAACAACGUGGAGUUUGAACAUCGGAGUGAGCUCAAAAAUCGAACAGGGUCCAACAUAGACUCCGACAAGUUGGAGAGACGAUUCAAGGCACUCAACUUUAUUGUGGAAGUCAAGAUGAACCUGAAAUACAAACAAAUCAGACAUGAGAUGUCAGCUUUAUCCAAGAAGGACCAUUCCCAGUAUGACUGCUGUGUGGUCAUCAUGCUGUCCCAUGGGACGGAGGCGAGUCAUAACCGAUUUCCUGGUGCUGUGUACGGGGUGGAUGGACAGGCUGUUCCAGUCCAACAGAUUACAAACUACCUCAAUGGCCAGCAUUGCUCAUCCCUGCAGGGCAAACCUAAACUUUUCUUCAUCCAGGCCUGUGGAGGAGAAGAAAAAGACAUAGGCUUUGAUGUGUCAACCGACGAGGUGGAGCCAUCUGUUGGUGGACUCGAUGAUGAAACGGAUGCCAUUCCAACAUCAUCCAGCAGCGAUUCUCUGAGUAUGUCUGACGAAACAGACGCUCGGGCCACGCUGCCCACCCCGAGUGACAUUCUAGUAUCUUACUCUACUUUUCCAGGGUAUGUGUCUUGGAGAGACCCCAUGUCAGGUUCCUGGUAUGUCGAGGUACUGGACCAGAUCCUGAAGGAAAAUGCUGCUACAGCUGACCUGUUCACAAUGUUGACAAUGGUUAACAAUGAAGUGUCCCAAAACUCUGCAAAAGGGGUCUUCAAGCAGAUGCCCAGCUCCUUUAACUCCCUUCGCAAACAUCUGUACUUUCAAACACAACCAUGAAGGUGAACUUCAAUCUGACAAUGAACAUGACUGCAGGAAAGGUUUAUUUCUGUAUCCAUAGGAAGUAACAAUUAUUUCUGGGGUUUUGUAAGAUGUUCUGAAAUAUGGUUAUGCCUUUUCAAAAAUCACUUUUUAUAAUUACUGACUUUUAUAACAACGGGCAACUUUUUCUAAUGAUAAUUUUAGUAAAUAAUGUUUAAUGUCAACAGCUUUUGUAAUGAAAAGUGGAUCUUUUGUGAAUGUGGUUUGGUUCAGUUCAUGUUUUUGUUUUCUUUUUGUUCUAUCUACACAGCAGGGGUGGUGGCCAAGUGGUUAAUGCACUUGGUUUCAGUUCAGAAGGUUCCGGGUUCAAAUCCCUCCCCUGCCACAUUUCUCCAUG